AUGGGAGUAUCCUUAUCUUUGACAUCUUCCCCGUCGUGCUCUAGGUACAGGGCUGCGAGUACAGGGCGCCACAAUAUGAUACUCUUGGCACCUUCAAAAUAUAAAGUGCCAGCGAGUAAAACAUGGGAGCAGAGGUCUAACAACCUGGAAGAGGUAGAGCCUGCACCAAUAUGACGUCCUUGACUUCCUCCAGAAUCAACUUCAAGGAUGUUGUUGUUAAUCCUGCCAAUUUGAAGUGCUCCUCCUUACCACUGUUCUCUCUGCGAAACCAAUAUUCUGUCAACUUCCAUCUCUCUUGGCUAGGAUUCAUCGUGGCUUUCCUUUCUUGGUUUGCAUUUGCCCCCCUUAUUCCGGACGUGAUCAAAGAGGACCUCCAUCUGACCUCUUCACAAGUCGGAAACUCCAACGUGGUCUCGCUAUGCGCUACGCUUAUUGUGCGGUUCAUCGCAGGCCCACUGGUUGAUCGAUUUGGCCCACGCAAGGUCAUGGCUGGGUUGCUUUUAUGCGGUGCAAUUCCUUCGGGUUUGGCUGGAACUGCACAUACAGCGAACGGACUCUACAUUGUCCGCUUUUUCAUCGGCAUUUUAGGGGGCACUUUCGUGGCAUGCCAGGCUUGGACCACGGCAUUCUUCGACAAGAAUGUGGUUGGGACUGCGAACGCUCUGGCAGGCGGCUGGGGAAAUGCUGGCGGCGGAGUCACGUUCAUCAUUAUGGUAUCUCUGUAUAACUCCUUGGUUUCAGAUGGGCUCACACCGCACGUGGCGUGGCGUGCGGCGUUUGCAAUAGUGCCAGUGCCUUUCCUUCUUACUAUUGCGGUCGCCACCCUGGUAUUUGGGACGGAUCACCCCGCUGGCAAGUGGAGCGACCGUCACAAGGCCAUCGCACACGGAAUCAAAGCCGGAGGCCCACCUCCCGUUUCCCUCGAGCAUAAGGUUGAUUCUAUAAAAAAAGACGCCUCUGGCGACGUCGAGGUUACCGUAUCCCCAGUGAACGCAUUGGAAUCUGAACUUGACUUCGCUGUGAACGAGCCAGUCACGUGGGCGCUUGUAGUGAAGGUCAUCACUAGACCUCUGACUUGGUUGCCCGCACUUGCAUACCUCAGCACCUUUGGUUACGAGCUAGCCAUCGAUGCUAACCUGGCGAAUGUAUUGUUUUCCCUCUACAAGUCGCCCAAUUUUGGGCAAACUAAAGCUGGAUAUAUUGCAUCCAUCUUUGGUCUCUUGAACAUCUUCACCCGUCCACUAGGUGGAUAUUUUGGUGAUUUGAUAUACCAGAAAUUCGGCGUUCCUGGGAAGAAGUACCUUCUGAUAUUCCUAGGUGCUGCACAGGGACUAUUAUCCAUUGGUCUUGGGUUGUAUAUUGACAACAAUCAACACCCUUCGCUGACAAUAUUAAUUGUCUUGCUCGUUUUGAUCUCCAUUGCCUGUGAAGCUGCUAACGGCGUCAACUUCUCCCUGGUUCCCCACUGCAACCCUUGUUCCAAUGGGUUCAUGAGUGGCAUUGUGGGGGGUACAGGGAACCUCGGAGGCAUCAUGUUUGCUAUGAUUUUCCGGUUCCAACCCACGCCUCUCGGCAAGGCAUUGUGGAUUUCUGGGAUUAUCGCCGUGGCUAUCAACCUGCUGCUUACAGUCAUCCGCGUACCGAAAGUCUGAUAGGACGUGGGAAACUUGUUAGACUAAUAUGUUGUGAAUUAUGCUUCCCCGGAUGUAUUGAAGUCGUUAGAUGUGUUGUAGUACAUAAAAAU